AUGAGACACGAAAGAGGUGGCGCCAUGGUUGCAGAACUCUCCAUACACCGACCAACUUUUGGUUCUCUCUUGCAUUCAGAUCCUGCAAUCUUCUCUAACCAAGAAGAUGAUGAUUCUAGCAACAAAAACAGCCCAACCUCUACCAAUAUGAGUCCUAGAUAUUACGGUAGUAGCACCCCACCAAGCGGCGAGGGCUCUCCUUACCACUCUCCAUGGAACCAACCUUCCCCAUACACUAAAUCUCCAUGGAUAUUACCAUCUCCAAUCAACCAUAAGUUCCCGAACAAUGGCCUUAUUGGUUCCCUCGCACGUGAAGAAGGCCAUGUUUAUUCUCUAGCUGCUUCUGGUGACUUGCUAUACACUGGUUCUGAUAGCAAGAACAUACGUGUAUGGAAGAAUCUGAAGGAGUUUGCUGGGUUUAAAUCCAACAGUGGCUUGGUCAAGGCCGUUGUUAUAUACGGUGACAAGAUUUUCACUGGGCAUCAAGAUGGCAAGAUCAGAGUAUGGAGGGUAUCUUCCCGAAAUCCUAGUGCUUACAAACGAGUUGGAACCUUACCAACUCUUAAAGAUUACGUCAAAAGCUCUGUAAACCCCAAGAACUACGUCGAAGUUCGUAGACAUCGCAACGUUUUACGUAUCAAGCAUUUCGACGCGGUUUCUUGCCUGAGCCUGAACGAAGACCGCGGUUUAUUAUACUCAGGAUCCUGGGACAAAACCCUUAAAGUUUGGCGAAUUUCAGACUAUAAAUGCCUUGAAUCAAUCAACGCCCACGACGAUGCCAUAAAUUCAGUGGUCACCGGGUUUGAUUCGCUGGUGUUUACCGGCUCAGCUGAUGGAAGAGUAAAGGUUUGGAGAAGGGAGCUUCAAGGGAGAGGAACCAAGCAUUUCUUGGUCCAAACACUGCUAAAACAAGAAAACGCGGUAACAGCGCUCGCAGUAAAUCACGAAUCAGCGGUCGUUUACUGUGGAUCAUCCGAUGGGUUGGUAAACUUUUGGGAACGUGAAAAGCACCUGUCACAUGUUGGGGUGCUUAGGGGCCACAAGAUGGCCGUCCUAUGCCUGGCGUCGGCUGGUAAUUUGGUAUUUAGUGGGUCCGCUGAUAAAAGUAUUUGUGUAUGGCGUAGGGAAGCUGAUGGGGUCCACACCUGCUUGUCAGUUUUGGCUGGUCACGGUGGGCCGGUUAAAUGCCUGGCUGUUGAAGAAGAUGAAGAAUCUGAUAAAGCAGAUCAGCGGUGGAUUGUGUAUAGUGGGAGUUUAGACAAGUCCGUUAAGGUUUGGCGCGUGUUGGAGAACGCGCCAGAAUGGAGGGAGUAUCAAUCUCCUAGAUUGAGUUGCUACUCUUUACCGACCCAAAACAAAAUACUCCUACGACAUCGUGGGUAG